UCUUGUGACCUUUCGAUGAGAUGGGAUCUAUUAUUAGAAGUGGAACUUUAUUUGCAUCCGGUGUCAGUUUCAAGAAGCCAAAUAAAAGACACGGAGUUCUUUCACAAACGGGUCAUAUCAACUUGGGUUACGCAGGAGACUAAAUUAUUCUUCAGCCGGACCGCAAUUCCUUUUCAGCAGUACCAGGGGCCAAACGACAAUUUUAGGUCAAGAAUCACCAUGAGACAAACCGGCUUUGUUUUCGCCACCCUCGUGUUCAUCAUUUUAUUAACUGUAGAUCAAUGUCAAGCUAAGCGCAGGCCUUGUGGCUUCGAAACCAUCGACCGAAACAAAGGCAGAGAACCGCGGGCUCUUAGUCCUUAUUAUGAUCGUUGCUGUGGUGAUAGACCUUACGACCCAAGGAAAGAGCUGUGCUGUGGACUCGUCGUAAAGAAAAAGACUGGUUCUCAAAAUGCGUGCUGCGGAGUAGUUCCGUACGAUAGCAGCAGAUAUACCUGUUGUGGAGGGACUAUUACUCCCCGAGCUUCUGGUCAUCAACAUCUGAAUCGUUGCUGUGGCAAGAGAAGUUACAACCCUUACACUCAUGUUUGUUGUGGUGGAAUCGUUUUAUCCAAGCCCGCUCAGUGCUGUGGAAACAAAGUCUACAAUGGAAACAAACAGAUCUGCUGUUCUAAUGUCCUUUUCGACAAGCCCAGUGGCAUUCAGGUAGGCUGCUGCGGUAGGAACGUUAUCUUCACUUCUCAUCAGAUGUGCUGCGCUAGGAGGGUUGUAAGUAAACCUCACAAUGUACAGAACCCAAGAUGCUGUGGAACACAAGUCUAUAGUUCAAACAACCAGGUUUGUUGUUCUAGCAAAGUACGCAACGGCAAUGCGUGCUGCGGGAGUGUCGGAUACAACUCUCUGACGCAUUCUUGUUGUGGUUCGGUGGUCACACAAGGCUCGAUGUUGUCAUCCGCCGGUGGAACGCGAAGGAAAUGUUGUGGACAAGCAACUUACUAUCCUGACUUUCAGGACUGCUGCUUCGGUAGAUACUUGAGGCCCAAGGGAUGUUGUUAUAACAACAACCAGUGGAGAGAUUCCAGUCAGAAAUUCAGUGAACUAUGCCGGGAUUAUUAGUAGUAAACUGCGUCGUCCUACGGAAAUAAUCACCUCAAGCCUAAUGGGCACUGCUUCAACAUUAAAUAGCAAAACAUUAGAGCAAUUUUCUAUUAACUUUCAUAAAAUUGAAACAAGGGUCUCAAACGGCUGAUAGAAUAUAUUACGAGCAAAUAGUGAGGUCUCGAAUUAAAUCAUGUAAGCUUCUUGAGGCGUAAGAUGACGUGGCUGACUAACGCUAGCUAGUUUCUGAUUGGAUGAGACGGAGACGCAAUUUUUCCGUAAACCAAUGACGGAGCGAAGUUGAAUAAUCCUGGAUUGCUGUUAAUACUCAAUGAAAAUUGCACUUUAAGGUUUAGAAACAAAGUUAGAGUCAUGCUAUAAUUUUUAUUACUCGUGAUUUAAAAAAAAAAAAACUUUUUUUGCUAUCGAAAUCCUGUGUUUUGAGUUGGAUGAUAUAUAUUUGCGGUCGUUUGAUCGCCUACGUUUCAAUUGCUUUACGAAUUCAAUUCAACGCGAAUUUUUUUCAUGUUUCUUUGAACAUGUGAAUGUAAGGAUUCCUGGUCAGAUUUUCUGGAGAAAUUUAUUGCACCAGGGAGUGUUAAAUAAACCACAAAGUAAUGAACAA